AUGGAUUCUAUUGUCUCAUUUAUAACGCUUGCUGAGCAAAUUAUUCUUGAAGAUGGUAUUCAUUUUCCUCUUGUUAUCAGCCCAAAAUUGAAUUCAUUGGAAAAUUUGUCCGAUACAGUCUCAUUUGUAGAAAAACAUCGUGAGGAACUGCUUGUACAUCUUCGUCAGUGUGGUGCCAUCCUUUUUCGUGACUUUCCUAUUACUGAUGCGUCUGCAUUCGAUACAUUUGCACGUGCCUUCAACUGGAUGCCAUUACCGUAUGUUGGCGGUGCAGCACCGCGACAACAAGUGACUAGCAUCGUAUUUACCUCGAAUGAAAGUCCACCAUCAGAACCUAUUCCGUUUCAUCAUGAAAUGGCACAAGUACCGAAAUUUCCUGAACAUCUUAUGUUUUUUUGUGACGUUCCAUCUACACGCGGUGGUGAAACGCCUAUUGCUUACUCUCCUAUGAUCUAUAAUCGAAUCAGUGAGGCGUUACCUGAAUUUGUACAGAAACUAGAAGAGAAAAAAAUACGAUACACUCGGGUGCUGCCCAAUGGAGAUGAUCCACAAUCAGCUAUAGGGCGCGGCUGGCAAUCAACUUAUCAAACAGAAGAUCGCGACUAUGCUGAAAAGGUUUGCCACGAGCAAGGCACUGAUUACGAAUGGCUGGAUGAUGGUUGUUUGAAAACCACAACAAAGAUCUUACCUGCAAUUCGAUUGGAUGAGCAAACUGGUAAAAAGACGUGGUUCAAUUCUAUCGUAGCAGCAUAUACGGGUUGGUCGGACAAGCGUAAUUACGGUAAAAAAGCUGUUACAUUUGCCGAUGGUGAAUUGAUGAACGAAGAAGACAUUCAUCGAUGUGUUGCAAUACUGGAGGAAUCAAGUGUAAGCUUUACAUGGAAAAAAGGAGAUGUAUUACUUAUUGAUAAUCGACAAGUAUUGCAUGCUCGCAAAUCAUUUGAACCACCACGACGUAUCCUUGCAGCGCUAUUUCAAUAA